AUGAAAUGGUAUAUACAAGGGUUGGUGUUUGGAUACCUCAGUGCCCCCCAAAGAACUGGGAGGCAAGGUCGUGGUCUGGAGAGGGUAGACGGCCAUCAGGAGCACUCCACUCGACGGGUUCUCACUCGAUCGAGCUUGCUCUUGGACUCGAUCGAGUUGUGCCUCGAGUUGUCCUUCUUCCUAAAACCUGUUCCUGCAAGACUUAGCAAGAAAACAGAGAUAAAAGAUAAAGAAAAUGUACAAGAUAGACAUGGGAAUUCCUCCCAAGAUAUGGUUUGCAUCUAUGCCCAUUUCACUGUGAAUUCCUUCCCCUCUUGGUUGAGCAGACUUUCGUCUGGAGGUGGUUUCAUGUCAUUCGGACCAGCGGUUCAGAAGAUACGACGAUAUUGGUUGGACUCGACCCACCAGCUCGACCGGCCAGUUUCCAACUCGAUCGAGCUGCUUUCCCAGGAGUCAAAGUCAAACCCGAAAAAUGUUGCUUCCCUUUGA